GAGAAGAGCAAAGUAACUUGGCCUCAGUAUGGCUCUCCAAAGUCCUUUUUCGAAGAAAACAGGUUUGGAACUUCAAAUUCAACAAAGGAGCAGCCACCAGUAUGGAAGGACCCUAUUGGCCACCACACAGAACUCAGUGAAGCAAUCAAGCAAAAUCCAUGGAGAGGAACAAGAAGCCCUGAAAGGGGACCAGGUCCUACAGGACAAGGUCUGGAGAGAGCUUGUGGAGGCUGAAAGAAGGUCAGCCAAAUAUUGGUACCAAAAUUGGAGUUUCCUAAAGGACUACGAUCCACUGGGCAAGAUAAAAAAGCCUGAGAAGCUUCCUGAAUACAUGUCAGUUUUCUCAGACAAAAUUCCCAACACCAGCAGUCACAUUAUUGGUAGCAGAAUGAAAACGGAUCUUGGCAAAACCCUGGUAAAAAUGGAUUACUUCCUCAAUUAUGGAAGAAGAAAAAACAAAGCUGGACAGGAACUCCAGCCUUCCUAAAAUUAAGAAAGAAAAGGAAAUCCUGCUCUUACAACAAAAUCUCUCUCUCCAGAUGUCAUAU